CUGAUGAUGCAUUCCCUGCGGCUUCAGAUUUUCAUCCCUUCUCGAAGCUCCUCCUGAUCUGAGAGAAUGGGCGGCUCGGAUUGCGAAGAUUCGCUGCCUCUAUCCAUGAAGCGCCGUCCGCACGGCCGCCAUCUGCCCUUGUGGCCAUCAGUCAGCUCAACUUUGCGCUAUUACUUCGGCCACGUAUGGUCUGCCGCUGCCCCUCCCUCACCUCCACUCCCACCCGCAUCGCGGCUAUGGGUCAAGCGGCACCGCACAGCAACGUUCUGCAUCAGCCUGCUGCUCAACUCCCUCCCUCUCGUGUUCAUCCUGGUUGUGAUUCUCAACUUUAUCGAGCUGCCGCAUCCUGCACCGCAUGUGCUGACGAUGUGGACCUGGGUGUCCCCCGAGCGACGGGCGACGAGAGAAGAGCCAGGCGGCCGCUCAUCGACCCUCUUUCCGAGGCGGACGCUCUUCUCUGCGCUGACAUCUUGGCUUGGCGAUGAGACGAUCGAUCCCUUGCGCGAGAUCUGCGACCAGCUGCCCUUGACGCCACCGAGAGGGCCACUUUCGCUGUAUGAGGAUGGGGUGCAAUCGCCUUUCGACAGCAGUGUGAUGGCUCCUUCACUGCCUCCGACCAUCCGGCUGGAUUCGCAUCCCCACACGCCGGCCUAUGGCGACUUUGCUGACGCCUUUAUGUUCAUGUGGGGUGGCCUGGGGCUGCAGAUCGCCAUCGAUCACGAGCCGCCACCCAGGGAUUUUGGUGUCUUGUGGAUCCGCAAGCAAGGGUGCGAGCCGAAGCUCAGGGAAUAUGACAUGAAGGCACUUACGGAGGUGAGAAAGGGCACGCAACAGAGCAGUCGCUGUGUACUGGUUGCGACCAUCAGGUUGGAAUGGUGAAUCAUGUGCCCGGCACGUGUGAGGAGGCCUACCGCAAGACGGCCUUCUGUCGGGCCGUCAAGAACGGCGACCCCAGGGAAUUCGAACCGGACCAAAUCAUGGGUGAGCGACGCAUAUGGCACUCGGCGCCAGACCGUCACACGCCGCCUUCGUUGUCCUGUGCCCUGUAGGCGUGCAGACUUCUCUCCCGUGUUUCGUGGUUCCCGAGAACGCCACGGCUCUCGAGAGCUACAUCGCUGAGCAUCCACGGGAGGUGUGGAUCAGCAAGCAGCCCGCACAAUCGGGCGGCAUCGGGCACCAGAUCCACUGGGAGGGCCACACGGCCGUCGAGAGGGCAAGACGGUUCAUGCAGGAGGGGGAGGGGACGGGCAAUGUGGCCGCUUGGGACGGGGAGGCGGAUCACGAUUCCAAGUGGAGCUACGGGCACCUGCUUUACCAACGAUACAUCCAGUGAGCAGACACACGCACACACAGAGCGUGUUGAGCGUCGUUGCCUGUUGUGCAUCGACUGCUCGCUGCCAUGCGUGCAGCAAUCCAUUGCUGUGGGAUGGUCGCAAGUUCGACAUUCGUGUGUUCAUGGUGGUCUUCUGGGACCCCCUGAGGAUAUACAUACACCGAAAUGGAAAGGUCAGUCAGACAGGCCACCAUCAAUGGAGGGAAUGCGAUGAAUGGACUGAGAAAUGCCCGUGUUCUACUUGUGCACUGUCCUUCAGGCGCGUCUCGGGGGCGAGACCUACCAGCAGAACAACAACUCUGAGGUGAUGCAAAUCACCACCGCAGGAGUGCAGGAGAUACCGGACAGCUUCAGGUACCCCCUCCCCCACGCACACUCUCUGACGGACACAUUUAAAUGAAUCCCUUUGCUCUCUUUUCCGUUGCUCACACAGGAUCCGUCCCGACCCCGAGAUAUGGGAUUGGCUGACGCCCGACAAGGCCGGCCCUUUGUUUGAGAAGAUCAAGAAGAUCUGCGCCAACGCCAUCCUCUCAUUCGCACACAAGCUCGGCUGCAACUCGUCCCAAUACGGCGGGUACAAAUGCGGCCGGGUGUUCCAGUUCUUCGGCCUGGACGUCGUGCUCGACGAGGAACUCAACCCUUAUGUGAUCGAGGUCAACAACGACCCGGGAUUCGGCAACCUCGCCACGGACCUCGCACACGCGUAAAGACGCACUACUACACGAAAGAGAUCAGGAAAGUGAGUGCAUCUGUGUUGUUCUCGGCUGCGUGUCAGUGCGAGCGAGACGGGCGGCGGGUGUGACUCCCGCUAUCGGUCGACGAUGGCCAUGUAUCGGGAGGUCCACGCCGACAUCCUGCGGGUCAUCGGGUACGACCCCUUCAGACGCCUGUUCGUGGAGCGGCCCAUCGCAGCCCAGCCACUGCAAUCCGGCGACUUUGAGCUGACGUUCCCGAGCCCAGUUCACCCAAAGCUAUGCGAAUGGCACGCCAGGUGAGAAAGGGGAGGAAACAUACUGAUAGAACAGAUUUAGUGACUGAAGUGCCUGUCUCUGUCUGGUAUGUUCACGGAUCAGGGAGGUCGGAUCGACUUGUGAGGAGCUGUAUCGCGACUUCCCAUGGGCGUUCGAACGGCUGCCGGCAUCUGACAAGGCCCUCACAGCCAUGUGGCGGACAGAUGUGUGAUGUGAUGCAUGGCACAUGGCGACAUAUGACGGGUGUCUUGUGGUGUGGUGUGUCGGUACGUGAGUGUGGCCUUUAUUAUGUUCUCAGCAAUGUGUGUUUAUUACGUCUCGAUCUUCUGUUUUCUGCUGCAUGGGGCCUUUGGACAGACAGUUUCGCUUUGUGAGAGAGGGAAACGACGGUACGUGUGGUGUUGCGUCGCGCUCGAGUAUGUGGUCUGCCUUUCUGCUAUCUGCUUCAUGUGUUGUCUUGCAUGC